UUUGGACACAUUUGUUACUACACCAAGUAAACUAAAAAAAUGUUGCCUGCAAAAACUCAGGUCUACCACCACCUCCACCACCACCGUUCCCCGGUGGUUAAGCAGGUGCUUGCUGUCCUGCUUAGGGAUGGCCCGUUUGAUGCCGCCACCUUUUCCGCAUCAUUCCAGUGGAGCACCCAACCCGUUUCUGACAUCCUCCGCUCCAUACCCACAUUCUUCUUCACUCCCACUCGGUCCAUUGGCCGUCAACCCAACCACAACCGACACCGUGCUCCGCUCAAGCAGCGCGACCUCCGACAGGAGUCUGUCAAGCUCCAAAACUGUUCCUUAGUCCUUGGUCCGGUUGCCCAUCGAGACCCUACCCGUGUUAAUCACGGCGUCUUGAAAUCGACCCAAUUCUUCUACUGGGUCGAAUCCCAUGGCGGGUUCACCCACAACGAAAUGACCGUCAGAGAAAUGGCCAUUGUGUUGGCUAAAGCUAAUAAAUUGUAUGAGCUGUGGAAUUUUCUCAGGGAAAUGAGUAGGAGAGGAGAUGGUGGACUCAUAACUACCAUGUCCAUCACCUGUUUGAUAAAAUGCUUAGGUGAAGAGGGGCUUGUAAAUGAGGCAAUGCAGGCCUUUUAUAGAAUGAAACAGUUUCAUUGCAAACCAGAUGUUUAUGCUUAUAACACUGUAAUCUUAGCACUGUGCAGAGUUGGAUUCUUCGUGAAAGCCAAGUCUUUGCUGCAGCAAAUGGAACUACCAGGGUUUCGUUGUCCGCCUGAUACGUACACCUAUACCAUUUUUAUAAGCUCUUACUGCAAGUACGCAUUGCAGACUGGAUGUAGGAAGGCGAUCAGGCGGAGGUUGUGGGAAGCAAAUCAUUGUUUCCGGUUGAUGUUGUUUAAGGGUUUUGUUCCUGAUAUUGUCACCUAUAAUAGCUUGAUUGAUGGGUGUUGUAAGACUAAUAGGAUUGAAAGAGCCCUUGUGCUCUUGGAGGAUAUGAUAAAAAGGGGUUGUUUACCAAAUCGAGUUACAUAUGAUUCUUUCAUUAGAUACUAUAGUGUGGUGAACGAGAUCGAUAAGGCUAUCGAGAUGUUGAGAAGAAUGCAGGGAAUGAAUCAUGGGACUCCUACGACUAGCUCUUAUACACCGAUUAUUCAUGCUUUGUGUGAAGUCGGGAGGGCUACUGAAGCUUGGGAGUUUCUUGUACUACUUGUCAAUGGAGGUUUGAUUCCUAGGGAGUAUACUUACAAGUUGGUUCUUGAUGCCCUAAAUUGCAAUGGAAAUUCCAAUCUUCUAGAUGAAGGAAUCCGUAGAAAAAUUGAGGAUGGUAUACUAGGUAGAUAUAGGCAGAGAAUGAAAGCUAAACCCUUUAUGAACCGAAAAGGUUAUGUUCUUGUAAUCGAAGAUCAAUGAUUCCCAUGUUUUACUGAAA